AUGGCCAACACUCACGACUCGGGCGCCGCUGGCCUGGCGGGAGAUGAGAUCAGUCCUUACCGCAUACAUAAACUGGAGCUCACGAGACUUCCUCAUGAGCCCUCAGAACCCAACAAGUCUCGGGACUGGUGGGAGCCAAAGUCUCGAAUCGAACCGCUCAUUGACUUUUGGCUCGAAAAGUACGACUGGCGAGAACAAGAAACUGCCUUCAACAAUCAACUACCCCAGUUCCGCACAGCCAUCACCCCGCCAGGUUCAUCCUCGCCCGUUCGUCUUCACUUCAUCCACGUCAGAUCCUCGCACAGCAACGCCAUCCCCCUCCUCCUGAUACCCCCAUUCCCAUUCACGAACCUCUCCCUCGGCCACCUCAUCCAGCCGCUCACCGAACCCGGAUCAUCAACCACAGACGGGGAGCAGCAGCAACAGCCCUUCCACGUCGUCAUCCCCUCCCUCCCCGGCCUCGGCUUCAGCGAUGCCCUCCCCUCCAACGACGCCUCUGUCAUCCCGACGACAACCGACCUCCUCAACACGCUCAUGACACGCCUCUCGUACCCGCACUACCUCGUCUCCAACACCGCAUCCGCGGCCUCCAGCCCCGCGCAAAUCGACUGGAAGCUCGCGGACAACCUAGCCCGCCACCACCCCAGCAGCUGCCUCGGCGCACACUUCAUCAGCCCGUCCCUCGCGGCGCCGACGCUCAAGGACGCACCCCUCGAGUGGAUGAAGUGGUCCCUCGCUAAAUUCUUCCACGCGCCCAUCCUAGGCUACCAGAGCGAGGACCUCCGCUCCCUCGACGAGGAAACCCACGCCAGCCACAUCUUAGCCGGAGGGAGGCGCUCUCUUCCUACUUCACUCCAGGCCGGCGCAGGCAGUACUCUAGUGGAGCCAAACACAACGUCCUUUGCGCUGUGUGACUCCCCCGUGGGCCUCCUUGCCCUCGUCCUCAAAGUCAUCCGCGUCCUCGGGGCCAAGAAGGAGUUCUCGGCUGCCGAGAUCAUCACCUUCACCCAGACGGCCUGGCUCCCCGGGCCAGAGGCGGCGAUGCGCCUCUGGGCGCGCUGUCUGACGCACCACGAGACGACACCGCCGCUUUCAAAGCCGACCAAGAAACCCAACGUGGCCAUUACAGUUUUCUCGGGAGCCGGAGAGGCCGUGGAAGUAUCCGGCGGGCGACGAAUCGCGGACGACGACCUAGAAGCCCAGACGCAACCCCGAAACGAUGUCGUCGAUACCGUCUCGCCGCAGCCUGCCCCGAAUCCGUACGUCUGCCCCGCCUGGGCCAACGUCUCGUACAACGCCGUCCACAUCCGUCGCGUACCAAUACCGGGAGGACGUCCAGGCCUCGUAGCCUGGGACCACCCGGAGCUCAUCGGCGACGGCGUCAGGGGCCUGGCCGCGAAUCUCCUUUCCUUCGACGCCAGGUUACAAGACAUCGUCGCCCGGCAGCAGCAGAGGCCGGAAACGGUGCCUCUGCAGGGUGUCGUUGUGCAAUCCGACUCGUCGGCUUCCACGGCGGCGACGGGGUCAGGUCAAGGGGUGGCAAUAUCGGCGGCACCGGUGCUGCCUUCUACUCCGCAGGUUGAGGCGACUAAGUGGCGACUAAGCCAGAUCCGCGAGGCGUCCGAGACGCCAAAGAAGUCGUUACAGCUGGACGACGGCGAUGCGGGAAUGAUGCUGUCGCCGCCGGAUGUUGAUUUUGCGGGAGCGAGUCCGGAUACCAUUGUCGUCACUCCCCCCGUGGACAUGAAGUAG